UGCUACACCAGCAGGCCCGUCAUCAUCUCAUCGGAGCAUUCAUCUGAGGUCGUGUAAUGCAAAAAAAACAAACAAACAAAACAAACACCCCCCAAAAUGCGGGAAUUUAAAAUGACUGGAUGAUCCGAGCAGUGUUUUAGGCGAUCGACGAUAGCUGAUAGAGAAAUACACGUCCACCGCGCUGCCUGAUCACUUAAAUAUUAUUGUUACAGCGUAGGUAUUGUUGGGAGAGACCACUGGCAAACAGUAAACAGGUUGAAGAUGCUACAAAGUUCAGAUAUUUUGGGGCAUGAAAGACCCCUGGUUAUUAGGGUGUCAUUCGCCACCUGUGUUCUGGCGACUGUGUGCCUACCCCUGCUCGGGCUCAUCACUUGUGUCUUCAUAUCCUCUGUUUUUCAUUUUGAAGAUGCCACUGGUACACACUGCCAGGUUCCUAAUUACCUGCCAUCUAUAAGUGCCUCUAUCAGCUUAAGUCCUGAGUGCCACAUUUGGCGAUUCUGCAUUGGACUACACUCAGCACCAAGGUUACUGGUGGCUUUUACCUACUUCAAGUUUUACAAGGCUCGCUUUGCUACCAGGUUUCCAGAGAGUUCACUCAGCUGUUUGAACCUGGGCUUUUCUAUAUCUGAAAACCUUGGACUCUUGUUGCUCACAUAUGUAUCAUCCACUGAGACUUACUUUGUGCAUAAGGAAGGUUUUGUCUUGUUCAUUGUAAGUUCUCUUAUCUACAUGUUGAUAACCUGCCGUUUAUGGAAAUCUAUUAAGAAAUAUUCCCUAAAUCCUGAGGAUGCCAAGUCUCACCACUGGAAAGUGCGUUUCUUACUACUCAAUGUAAGCUUCUGUGCUUUUGCCGGAUUCUUUUACUGGAAACACAACAUGUACUGUGAAUCAGGGAGUUACACAUUUUUUGCCCUGUUUGAGUAUCUAGUUGUUUUCUCCAAUAUGGCCUUCCAUCUUACAGCCGUGUGGGACUUUAAGAGCCGGGAGGUCAUGCUCAUUUCAUCUUCAGAGGAUAAAGACUUCUGACUAGAAGGUCAAGGACUAGGUACUACAUGUACCACCCCUCAACCACCUGAUGACAGCAGCCUUGAUCCUGCUGAAGAGGAAGAGUGGGAUGAAGGCCUUUUCCAUAUAUUUCCAUGAUGACCACUCACAAAUCCUUAGUGAGUGAUGAUGUCUGACAAAUGAACAUAAGAUAUGCACAUGUGCUACUGUAGGGUUAUUAGGAUAACUUUAAGUGCAUUUUUUGCCUCAAUGUCUCAUUCAUGGAUGCCUUCACCAACCUACAUGAUGUUAUGUAAUGUGACAUUUUGACUUUUAUACACUGCACAGCAAAUUUGUGGUCAUACUAGAAAUGUGCCAAAGUAAAGUGAUAGUUCUUCAAGUAAGCUUGGCUUUUAUUUUGAAAUAUAAACUCAAGGAUAGGAAAUGGAUGCAUUCUGAAUUCUAAGCCUUAGUGUCCAGCUUCAGAAACACUGCACUCCAUCUAGAGUCCUCAAAAAAGAUUGGCACCGAUACUCACUUUCAUUUAAUAAAAUGCAAUAUUCAGG